AUGGCGUUUCGAGCUCGGCCUGGGACUCUGUUACGCCCGCGCAUCGGGAUUCGCUUGCCUGUUUGCAGAAUCCGUGGGCUGGCAACUGUGGCCGAAGGCUCCCGACCCUACGAUGUCGUCGUAAUCGGUGGUGGCCAUGCUGGCUCGGAGGCAUGUGCUGCUGCUGCUCGUUCUGGAGCGCGCACAGCGCUUGUGACCCCCUCGUUAUCGAACAUUGGUGUGUGUUCGUGCAACCCCAGCUUCGGUGGAAUAGGAAAGGGCACAAUGAUCCGAGAGGUAGAUGCGAUGGAUGGUGUCGCAGGCCGAAUCAUCGAUAAGGCGGGUAUCAUGUUUCGGAUGCUGAAUCGCUCCAAGGGUCCCGCGGUGUGGGGGCCGCGUGCGCAGAUCGACCGUGAUCUGUAUAGGAAGCAUAUGACGGAGGAAUUGGUCAACACCCAGAACUUGAGCAUUGUGGAGGGCAAGGUGGCGGACAUUGUGAUAUCCAAAGAAGGAGUGGAAAAUACUCCGGGUGCACAGGGCAAGAUUGUGGGUGUUCGACUGGAAUCUGGCGAGGUCAUUCCUACUGGCCGUGUGGUCAUUACCACUGGAACUUUCUUGGGUGGUGAGAUCCACAUUGGAUUGGAGUCUUUCCCAUCCGGCCGGAUGGGGGAGGCCCCGACUUAUGGGCUGAGCAAGUCUCUCCGUGAUGCGGGUUUCUCUUUGGGACGACUGAAGACUGGCACGCCGCCCCGGUUAGACAUGAAGAGCAUUGAUUUCUCAGCGCUCGAGGUUCAGCGUGGAGACUCGCCUCCGGUGCCAUUCUCAUACCUGAACAAAACGGUUGAGGUCGGUGACGAAGGACAACUCACCUGUUGGAUGACCCAUACCAAUGAAAAUUCUCAUGAGAUUGUCCGCGCGAACCUGGACAAAUCUAUUCAUAUUAGAGAGACUGUUCGAGGACCCCGUUACUGUCCAUCGUUAGAAUCAAAGAUCAUGCGUUUCAAGGACAAGACACGGCAUCAAAUUUGGCUUGAGCCCGAAGGAUUCGCCCCCAACGACGUGAUUUAUCCGAACGGGAUUUCCAUGACCAUUCCAGCGGAUGCGCAGUAUGCUAUGCUGCGUACCGUACAGGGUCUUGAGAAUGUGACCAUGCUGCAGCCCGGCUAUGGUGUAGAAUACGACUACAUCGAUCCUCGCAAUCUCCGACCCACGUUGGAAACCAAACUGAUUAGCGGUCUCUACCUGGCGGGUCAAAUCAACGGCACAACCGGAUAUGAAGAGGCAACAGGACAGGGUAUCAUUGCAGGCAUGAACGCCGGUUUGGAAUCCCAGGAUCGAAAGCCUCUUACUCUGACUCGGUCAGACGGAUUCAUCGGUAUCAUGAUCGACGAUCUCAUCACUAAGGGUGUGUCUGAGCCAUACCGCAUGUUUACCACUCGAAGCGAAUACCGCAUCUCUACUCGCGCUGACAAUGCCGAUCUUCGCCUGACCCGCAUGGCUCGCGAGGCUGGCGUCGUUUCGGACAAGCGCUGGCAGCACUUCACAGAGACGGAAACACAGAUCGCAGAGCUCCAGGCCUUACUUUCCAAGACCAAGCUCUCAUCAACCGCUUGGUCUCGAAAAGGCUUCAAGGUCCGCGCCGACACCUCGAUCCGCUCGGCCCUUGAGAUCCUGUGUCUCGAUGAUAUCGACAUCAACACCUUGAUCCCACACAUUGAGGCUGCACCUGGAGUCGCCUAUGCCCCCGAGUCAUUCGAUCCGGUCAUCCGGGCCCGCGUCGCCAUUGAAGGCCGAUAUGCCCCGUACCUCAAGCGACAAGAGAAGAUGGCCCAGCGAUUCCAGCAAGAUGAGAAUCUUCUAUUGCCAGCGGACCUCGAUUACAGCAUCAUCCACGGGAUCAGCAACGAGGAGAAACAGGCACUUGAACGUGUGCGGCCUGUCAGUGUUGGCAUGGCAAGGCGUAUCGAAGGUGUCACCCCUGCCGGUGCACUGCGUCUGCUGAUGCACGUCCGGAAGGGCACUGGUUUUACCAAGGAGGCUGAAGAGGAUCCUGCUGUGGCCGAAGUGCUGCAGUCGUCGCCCUGA